CUCCUUAUGGCUACAGGAAACACUUACACAGAGGCAGCAUAGACUGUGAACUGUACAGGAAUCCUCUGCGUGUCCUUUAACCCACUUAUUAGACACUGGCCGGGUCUGUAGAUGACAUCACGGGUGGGAGUGACAGUGUACUGUGCCUGUGCUGGAUACUGAAGCACCCUCAGCAUAUUAUUAUUACUACACUCCACUCAUCUGCUACCACCGGAUUCCCUGCAAUUCUGCAACAUGGCCAGAUUGCUGAAAAGCCUUUGCAUCCUAGUGAUGAGGCAGAGGAGGCUCCCACCUCUUACACACCCAGGGAGCAAUGCAUGUAGCAAGGCAGGAAUGGUGCAUCCAGUUGCUGGCAUAGGAUCACUUACCAGAUACGAUGAGACUGUUGUGUCUCCUGACUGGCAAGAAAAACUCACCCCGGAGCAGUACUACAUAACCAGGGAAAAGGGCACGGAACUGCCUUUCAGUGGCAUCUACCUGAACAACACAGAAGAAGGAAUGUAUCUCUGCGUCUGCUGCAACACACCGCUGUUCAGUUCAGAGAAGAAGUAUAGCUCUGGAACUGGCUGGCCCUCUUUUUGGGAAGCACAUGGCACUGUUGAAUACGAUGAAAGCAACACAAACAUACUCAGACGUCCAGAUAACUCGCUGGGAUGCGCCGGAACGGAAGUUAUUUGCAAAGAGUGUGACGCUCACCUUGGUCAUGUGUUUGAUGAUGGCCCCGCCCCUUCUGGUCAGAGAUUUUGCAUCAACAGCAUCGCACUUACAUUCAAACCAAGCUAAACAGGAAGUUCCAGCAAUAUACAGUGAAUUCAUGGAAUGCUGUUCAGAGUUAAUUUUUGUUGUAUUAAACAUUUAUAUUUCUCCAUGGAAAACCCCUUAAUUUGUAUUUUGUGUUGACGAUUUGUUAAUGUGCCUAUUUUGUAUGUUUACAGCAACCAGACUACAAAUUGUGGAUGUAAAUUUGUAUGUUGUGGAAAUAUGUGUUUAUUUUUUAUGUUUUUAAAAAAAAAAAAUAUUUAAUAACAUUUUUAUUUUAUUGCAUUCUUAAUAAGGACCUACCCACAGUGGUUGAUGCUGUUUUGUAGGCUCAGCUAAAAAUUCUAAGAGUGCCGCCUAUCGAUUUACUUGUGAAAUCACUGAAGCAGGAGACCACCAUGAUGAUAUUAGUUUAUCUGAUUGACUGUAUUGUCAUGAAUUUUGGCUUAGCCUACAAAAUGGCUGCCCUACUCUGACUAAAACUCUGGUCUGUCAACUGAAAGUGAUUAUUAUUUGUAUAAUUGUUUUACUGUAACUAUCCAGUAAAACACAUGUGCAUCACUUGCUGGGCAUAGAUAAUAUAAUUUCCUGGAAGCACUAGUUGGAAGCUGGGGGAGUGGAUUGUUGGGUGUACAAAGUAAGAUUGGUUCAUUUAAAAGGCCUACAAUAGCUGUGACCAAAAAGUUUGUGCAGUGUUUCUUAUUCACUGCAAAUGACUUCUGUUUCUUAAUGUGUAACAAAUCAUAAUGUUUUUUAAUGUGUAAGAUGGACAAAUAAUUUUCAUUUAGUCUGCUCGCCAGUGCCGAAGAAUUAACCCCCACCCCAACUCCCCGAUCUGUAAUAUGGAAUUUUAUUACAUAACUCUGUACAUUACUCAAAGGCUAACGUUAAGGGAUAAUUCCACAGGAAACUGAAAAUGCCAUAAGUUGAACAUAAAUAUCAAAUAUCACUUGUCCAUCUUGGGUAAGUGAUGCUGCUCUUGCUUCUGCUAGUAGCGCAUUGUGGUUGGGUAGUAAGCUGUCUCUGUGACGCUAUGUCACACUGGUAUUCUGGUUUGCCGUCCUUUAUAUCAGCAUAAUAAUAAGUUAUGGAAGGUAGAACUUAGAUCUGUUUUGUUAUUUAUUUCAGCCUUACUUACUAUGUAUGUAAGUUACAUAUGGCGUAAUGUACUACCUAGUGUAAGUUAUAGAGACAUAAGACGUUACAGAGUAGUUUAGUAAUAAUACUUUUAUACAGCUCACAUACAGUAAAUCUGAGGUGACUUUUAAUAUAUGUAGUAAUUCACAGCAAGUGGUUCUUAGUCGUCAUAAUACACAGGUUUUCUCAAUGACCAAUGAAGCGAUAACCAGAGUUUAUACAAAAAUGAAUAAUACUUGUGUGUUAUAUAGAACCUUGGGAGCACAAAGAAGUUACUUAGAAGGAAUGAUAAACAUUGGUAAAACCCCAGUGUAUUACUGUGGGAGUUUCUUCAUUGAUUAAUAAUCAGCCCUUUGACCCCUUCCGUAGCCACUGUUUACUAUGGGUAUGGGAUCUUGUAUCCGGGCCCCAGAAGGCACAGAUCGCAGGAAAUCCGAAAGCAACAAGUAAAUAAUAGCUGCUCUGUGAUGAUGUAAUGUAUACAGAUUGGUGGUGAGAUUUGACAAACCUUCUAAAUAGGACAAGUGGAGGGUGUUACCCAGAGCAACCAAUCAGAUUCUAGCUAGCAUUUAUCUAGUACAUUCUACAAAAUGAUAGCUAGAAUCUGAUUAAUGGAUAUGGGCAAUAUCUCCACUUGUCCACUUUAGAAGCUUUGAUAAAUCUCGCCCUUAUAACAUCUUCCAACUGUUACUGUUAUAUGACAUAAUGAGUUAUUCUACCAUCUGGGAAGACAGGUUUAGAUAUGUUGUAACUCAUUAUACUGUACUAUAAUUGUACAUAUCUCAUAUGCGGAAAACUGAAUGUCUCAAACAUUCUCCAUAGAAGGUCUGAUGCCUGUUUUUUGUAUUGUAUUUUAUUUUAUACAAUAAAUAUAUCUGAGUACUGUC